AGAGUUUUCUGUCUAUGUGUCUCUGACAUGAAAAGCGCGUGAAGCUUCAGACUGAGCGCGAGACCUUCAGGACCACCACCAGUGCCACAGCGCCCCCAUUGGCUGAGAGCCGGCCGGAGGCGGAGUCAGAGUGACAGAGCCGUGCAGUGGGUGGGACUUCCUCUGAGCAGAGGACAAGAUGCUGCUGACUUCCUGCUCCGCCCCCUGCAGCUACACGUGGCUCUGGUGCAUCCUGAUGAUCUUGACGUUUCCUCCUGCAGCUCUCGGGGGCGACCUGACGGAGCCAUGCGCUGGUCGGGACUGCUCCACCUGUCAGUGUUUUCCAGCCAAAGGAGCAAGGGGUCCUCCAGGUCCUCUGGGCCAGCAGGGCCCUCAGGGGCCCCCGGGGUUCCCGGGUCCUCAGGGGCCUCCAGGACAGAAGGGCCAGAGAGGAAACGAGGGGCCAACAGGAGCUGCAGGACAGAAAGGAGACGUGGGAAGUGUCGGUGUUCCUGGUUUUCCAGGUUUAGAAGGAGUCCCGGGACACCCAGGUCCUGCUGGAGGUCCCGGUUUUCCAGGUCACGACGGAUGUAACGGAACAAGAGGAGAGACGGGCGCUCCUGGACUUCCUGGAGAAGAAGGACUGGAUGGACAACCGGGUUUGCUGGGAGCGAAGGGAUUUCCAGGAGAUCCGGCGGUCUAUGUGAUCCAGUACCCUGGAGUACCUGGAGAAGCCGGCACCAGCGGACUUCCUGGUCGACCAGGGGAACGGGGUCUCCCCGGGCCGAUGGGGAUUCUGGGUCCUGCAGGACUGGACGGGACCAACGGCGUUCCUGGUCUCCCUGGCUCCAGGGGUCCACCUGGAGAAAAGGGUCGAUCUCUGCCGGGACAGAAAGGAGACGAGGGCGAUCAGGGCCUCCAGGGGCCUCCAGGGCCGUUUGAGUACGUCGAUCCUCCAGAAGACCUGUAUAUUAAAGGAGAACAGGGUCCAAGAGGGCUUAAAGGAGUCUGUGGAAGUCAGGGACUGCCAGGUUUGGACGGUCUCACAGGGAUCAAAGGAGAGAAGGGGAUUGUGGGAUUUCCUGGACCCAGGGGAAUUUCUGGUAAACCUGGUCCACCCGGGGAAAGUGGAUUCACGGGGAUUCUAGGAAUUCCUGGUCUACCUGGUCUGAUUGGUCGAGAAGGUCCGAAGGGCAUGACGGGAGAUCCAGGUCCUAAAGGCCUCCCUCAGGACGGUUACAUUACAUACACAGGUGACAACGGGGAUCCCGGGGCCCCUGGAUCGAGGGGCCCUCCAGGAGAUAUGGGGCUGAAGGGAGUGUACGGCCCUCCAGGAGUCUCGGGCAGAUCCAUACCUGGUCGUGCAGGUAUUGCUGGUGACAGAGGAGGUCGAGGAUCCAAAGGGGACAAGGGAGAUCCAGGUACAGAAUAUAAAGGCAAAACCACACCGGGAGAGCCUGGAAAACCAGGACUUCUUGGAGCCAGAGGACUGAAAGGAGAACCAGGGACUCCAGGUAGUUACUGUCUCCCCGGGGAGCCAGGUGAGUCUGGAGAUCAAGGUGAACAGGGGCCCCUGGGGGCCAGGGGCUACGUAGGAUUUAAAGGAAGUCCUGGUAACUGCGCUUGUGGCCCCCCAGCUGAACUGAGGGGUCCCCCCGGCUCUAUGGGCGACCAGGGUCCUCCAGGGUUUCCAGGAGCCCUAGGGGCCUCGGGACAGAGAGGAAACAAAGGUUUACCUGGAGACACAGGAGAGCCUGGACAACAGGGCCUGGGUGGAUUUCCGGGUGUCAAAGGGUUUAAAGGUCAGAAGGGAUAUUUCACUGUGGUGGAUUUUAAAGGUGAGAAAGGAAACAUUGGCCAGCAAGGCCCUCCAGGCAGACAAGGAUUGUCGGGGAGAAGAGGACUGGAUGGGCCCCCAGGGCGCCCUGGAAACCCUGGCCCCGAGGGUGAAAGUUUCCCCAGUUCUCCUGGAGAAAGAGGCUUCCCAGGACUCCCAGGGCGAAAAGGAUCAACAGGACCUGCAGGCUCCCCUGGGCGAGCAGUAGUUGGAGCAGUAGGACAACGUGGCCCACCUGGGGACCCAGGACAACCAGGAUUCCUUGGCUCCCCAGGGCCGAAGGGGGUUAGAGGUGACACUCUGCCCUGUGUACCCAGAAACCCUGGUGCCCCUGGAGAGAAAGGAGACCCUGGAAAUUCUGGUUACCCCGGACUCCCAGGUCCUCCAGGUUUUCGGGGCAUCACUGGACCUGAUGGAGUGAAAGGAGACAAAGGACAGCCUGGACGUCUUGGACCACCUGGACGACAAGGACCUCCAGGUUUUGUUGGCGAUACAGGAGAAGAAGGACCUGAAGGCUUCAGUUAUGGCGGAAAUCCAGGCUCUCCGGGGCUCCCAGGCUCUUCUGGACUCAGGGGCCCUGCAGGAGACUCUAAUGUAGGGCCCUCAGGUCCCAUCGGCUUCCCAGGAGCAACAGGCUCCCUCGGACCGAAAGGAGUUCCUGGCCCCCCCGGCAACGAUGGACCACAAGGACUUCUUGGUCUGGCUGGGGGCCCCGGACCGAAGGGCCAGAGAGGACAGGAUGGGGCCCUGGGUAUACCUGGCUCCCAGGGUCCCACACCUGACUUCUGUGAUUCAGGAAAACCUGGUUCUAGGGGAUUUUUUGGCCCUCAGGGACCCAUAGGACCCCCAGGUUGUACAGGGGAGAAAGGUGAGGUCGGGGAAGAGGGUCCUCCAGGUUUUGGCCCUCAAGGCCCUAAAGGGAAACCAGGCUCUCCAGGUUUCCCAGGAUACCCGGGGCCCCAGGGCCCCGCUGGGACCACCGGAGACUCAGGACUGCAAGGGUCUGACGGUCAGAAAGGUCUGGUGGGGCCUCAGGGGCCGGACGGAGGGCUGGGAGCCUCUGGACAGACAGGGACCCCUGGAGCCCCGGGGAGGACAGGGGAGAGAGGGGUCAAUGGACAAGAUGGGGAAUCAGGUUGUGAGGGACAGAAAGGAGAGAAAGGCUCUAAAGGGGCCCUGGGGCCUCAAGGGGAGACCAAGUUCAUCCCCAUCAAAGGAGAUAGAGGAAAAGAUGGACCCUUCGGCAUUAACGGCUUUCCUGGACCAAGAGGAAGUAAAGGUGCGCGAGGAGCUACAGGUAAGCAGGGGUAUCCAGGCAUCAACGGACCCACAGGCAUAGUAGGACUUCCAGGCCCCCCCGGGCCCUACGGCCAACCAGGACCUCCAGGACCACCUGGACGGACAGGACAUGCAGGAUUCAUUGGCUUUCCUGGAGAGACUGGAGAUCCAGGUGACCUGGGAUGUCUGGGGGAAGAUGGAAAACCCGGUAGCCAAGGAUGUCCUGGAUCCAAAGGUGAUAAAGGAGACUCUGUUGGUUGUCCUGGUCCAGCUGGAGACAACGGGCCUCGUGGAGACUCCGGGCCUUCAGGACCUCCUGGACCUCGAGGAGAUACCGGAGCACCUGGUUUCAUCGGGGGUCCAGGACAGAAAGGAUGCAAAGGAGAUCCAGGCAGCCAGGGGGAUCUGGGCCAAUCAGGUGUGGUCGGCCCCCCUGGUCCCAGAGGUCGUUCGGGUCUUCCAGGUCUUCCUGGUAAAGCUGGAUCUGAUGGUCCUCCAGGGCCGCAGGGGUGCCCGGGACUCCAAGGGCCUCCUGGACCCCUUGGACUUCAUGGACUGGAUGGACUGAAGGGAGUGAAGGGCGACAUGGGGACCAGAGGCCUUGGAGUGCCAGGUGCUCCAGGUUCUAAAGGUCUUCCAGGGGAUAAAGGUCCUCCAGGUCCUCCAGGACCCUCUGGUUUAUCCCAGCCUGGCCCACCAGGACCCAGAGGCCCCCCAGGAGCUCAAGGACCACCAGGGGGUUUAGGAUCUCCAGGUAAACCUGGAGAAGACUGUAAAGUUCCAGUCCAAGGGCCUCAGGGAGAUCCUGGUUCUACUGGAGGAGAUGGAGAGCCAGGGUGUGCUGGUGAGUUGGGUGAUCCAGGUCAGAACAUUCCAGUACCUGGAGAUGAUGGGGACAACGGGGCCACAGGGUGCCAUGGGCCAAGUGGCCCAAAAGGAUCUCCAGGACCAGUAGGACCGCCAGGCAACCCUGGAUGUCCAGGAGCAAAAGGUCAACGGGGGCCUCCAGGUCUGCUGGGACUACCAGGUAAUCGAGGUCCUCAAGGUUGUACUGGUCCAAGUGGACCUCCAGGACCAAAGGGAUUUCCUGGACCAAUGGGUCCGAAGGGGGAGAAGGGACGGGUCUCCUCCUGCCCAACUUACCCUCCCGCGACACAGGGCCCCCCAGGACCCACUGGCCUUCCUGGUCAGCCUGGAGAUGUUGGCUUCCAGGGCGAAGUUGGCCUGAUAGGACCCAAAGGUAGGAAGGGGGACUACGGGUCUGAGGGAUCGAGAGGCCCUGAGGGGCCCCUCGGUCCAGAUGGAGAACGAGGAGAGCCAGGCCUGCCGGGGGAGAGUGGAUUAGUGGGAGCAAAAGGUGAUCCUGGUCCAAUCGGUGACCGCGGCCCUCCUGGACCAACCAAAAACUUGAACUCGGGCUUCCUGUUAGUGAUGCACAGCCAAUCAAAUAUGGUCCCCUCCUGUCCACUGAACAUGAGGGUCCUGUGGGAUGGAUACAGUCUGCUGUACCUGGAGGGUCAGGAGAAGGCUCACACUCAGGACCUGGGUCAGGCGGGGUCAUGUAUGCGGGUCUUUUCCACCAUGCCAUUCUCUUCCUGCAACAUGGGGACCUGCUCUUAUGCCAGUCGUAAUGAUAAAUCCUAUUGGCUGUCGACGACGGCGGCUGUCUCCAGUAUUCCGGUGGGCGGAGCCUCCAUCGAAGACCACAUCAGCCGCUGUGUGGUGUGUGAAGCCCCCUCCUCGCCUGUAGCUCUGCACAGCCAGACCUCCAACCAGCCAGCCUGCCCCAGCAGCUGGAGAAGCCUGUGGACCGGAUACUCCUUCCUCAUGCAUACAGGUGCAGGUGACGAGGGCGGCGGCCAGUCUCUGACAUCAUCAGGUAGCUGUCUGACAGACUUCAGGGCCCAGCCCUUCGUGGAGUGUCAGGGUCCUCGAGGAACCUGCCACUACUUCGCCAACAUCUACAGUUUCUGGCUGACCAGAGUGGAUAUGACCACCUCCACCUCCAACAGCUCCUCCACCACGCUGACUGAGGGCUGGCAGCAGAGGGAGAGCAUCGGGAGGUGCAAUGUCUGCAUGAGGGAAUGA